ACUGGUAGAUGUUAAAAAUAUAAUCUCUGAAUCACAUUGCUUUAGAUCAUAGACAGAUAGAUAGUGUAUCAAUGGAGGAGGUUUUGAUGGUGUCUGGGCUUGUAGGGACUCAAAUAGUUUUUGCUCUCUAUUUGGUGUUCCUGAACAAAGUCCUUAAUCUUGGUGUUCACCCUCUAUUUCUUGUUGUCUUUAGUAAUCUGACUGGUUCUCUGUUCCUACUUCCUUUUGCAGUUGUUUUGGAAAGGAAAAAAUGGCCAAGGACACUGACUCCAACACUGGGGAUUCAACUUGCAUCUCAGGCUAUAGGAGGAGUUACCGUGUUUCAAACUCUGACGUUGUUGGGAGUGGAGAAAACAUCCCCAGCAAUUGCAGCUGCCAUGCCUAACCUGGCACCUGGCUUCACUUUCAUCAUAGCAGCAUGCCUCAGGUUGGAGAAAGUGGAAAUGAGAUGCAAAUUCACCUGGACAAAGAUCAUCGGAACCAUACUGUGUUUGACUGGAGUUAUAGCAAUGAGCUUCCUGCAAAGCCCUACAACAUCAUCCAAGCUUACAUAUAAAGUAUCAUUAGGUGACAACAAUGAAACGGAAUGGAUCAUUGGAUGUGGCUAUCUCUUCAUUUCAGUGGUUAUAAUUUCUUGCAUCACUGUCUUGCAGGCAGUAACAAUGCAGACUUUCAGGGCUCCAUUCUCCUUAUGUUUCGUUACGUUUUCAGUGGGUGCAAUUUUUACUGCAAUAACUCAAAUUAUUGUUGAAGGAAAGAUGGAAAUUGGUUCUACUGCAAUCAGCCUUACAGGCGUCAUUGGUAUUGUGCUACUGGGAGGUGCAGUGACUGGUGUGUGUGUCACAUUCCAGACAUGGUGUGUCAAACAGAAGGGACCUGUUUUAGUCUCCAUGUUUAGUCCUAUCCAAACAGUUUUUUCGGCAGUUUUUGCUGCUUUAAUCUUGAGGCAACUGAUUAGCAUUGGAAGCACAACAGGAAUUGCUCUCAUGUUUGCUGGUCUUUACAUGUUUCUAUGGGCCAAGAAGAAAGAGAGCUAUCAAGUGCCUGAUGAUAUUGCAAAAGUAACAGUAAAUGAUGUUGAGAAACCUUUGUUGUCAUAGCUUCUCUAUGCAGUAUCUUUGACGCCAAGAUGUGUCAGUGAUGUCAAAAUGUAAUGUACAGAAACUGUUGUUGUUCAAUGAAAAAAAUUCUCUUUUUGUUACCAUUA